AUGUCGUCAGCACAGAUAAAAAAUUAUGUGACGGAAAUUUCCAGUUUAAAAGACCAAUUCAACACGUUGUCGAAUCAGUCUAGCGAAAAGCUGAAGAAGAUUAUAGAGACUAUUCAGUCUUAUCAAACACGUAUGGAACCGUUGAAUAAAAACAUGGAACAACUCCAGAUACUACAAAGAAAUUUGGAAUCAUGUCGGUCAAAAUUGAGUCAAGUACAAGAGUACCAUCGUACUGGUCGUGAAUUGGAGAACACAAUUAGACAAGGACCGACUGCUCUUGUUGACGAUUAUUUAAAGGCUAUGGAACGCAUAAAAGGUGCAUUAGCAUAUUUCCAAGAAAGUAAUCCACAAGACGUUGAAUUCAGUCGACUGACAUCAUUGUAUUCAGUUGGUCUGGGAAGCUUGGAACGCGAAUUUGAUGGCAUACUAAGACAAGCCUUUCGUCCUAUAAAUGAUGCUACUCUGAUAAGAUUGAUGGACCAGAAAUCUCUACCUUCUGACAAAGAUUCAAUGGAUAGUUCUGUAAGCAGUGGAAUAGAACAGUUAGAAGAUGUGCCGAAUGAUAUGCUGAAUAGUCUACGUUUUCUUGCUAAAUGGAUGAGUGAAAACCAGUCAUUUGUAAGCAGACCACAAAGUGCUUCUCAGGGAUGCUUAUCAAAAUAUUGCGAGUGCCGUCGUGAACUUAUUCGUGUCAAUUAA